AUGCACUUUGCAGAGUAUUUAGAAAAUAAUUUUGGAGAUAUAAGAAUUUUUGCUGAAAAAUUAUUUAAAUGUUUUAAAUAAAAAAAUAAGGCAUUUAUGGAAGCCCCAAUAUUGGAACUUUCUAUCAAUGCUGCGAAAUUCAAGUCAGAUUAGGCAAUAGCAUGACCACUUUGGAAAAUACAAAAAAGGAUGAGUAUGCAAAGAUGGGCACUGUUGAUGCACAGCUGCUAUUAAGGCUAAUUUUGCCCAUAUCCAACUGAAGAUGCCAAAAAGGGAGAAGUUACCAUCGUGGGAUAUCUAGUCACAUUUUAAAUACGAUUAGUUAG